GUGAUAGUUUAGUCGUGGAAGGACCGAGAACAUGGAUCCAAGAUCCUAUUCUCAUUUUGAAAAAAAAAUAAAAGAAGACCAUUGACCAAAGCUAGUGAAAGAAAGGACAACUGAAAGAAGGCUAAUUUUCAUUCUCUAUCUGUGAGUUUUGAAGUGAUUCCAUUUUCUUGAGAGAAGAAGAGAGGAGAAGAUGAUUGGCGAGGCCGUUGUCUCCUUUGUCAUAGAAAAACUGGGAGAUCUCCUCAUCCAUGAAGGAGUAUUUCUCCACGAAGUGCGUGAUCAGAUUGAGUGGGUCGAAGCAGAACUGAGAUCGAUGCGCGCCUUCUUAAAAGAUGCAGAUGCUAAACAAAAGGUUGAUGAAAGAGUGAAGAAUUGGGUAGCGGAUGUGAGAGAUGCUGCUUAUGAUGCCGAAGACGUCAUCGACGGCUUCCUCUUUAAAAUAGAACAAAAAAGAAGAAGAGGAUCAGUUGGUUUCAUCAAGAGGUUCACUGGCUUUAGUGAUGAAAUAGUCCAUCGACGUGAGCUAGGCAAGGAGAUCGAACAGAUAAAGAAUAAACUCCUUGAUAUCUCUCGGAGAAGGUCGACUUACAGCAUUGAAGAUCUCGGCGAAGGUGGAGAAGGAAGCGGUUCCAUGGAUGAAAGUUUGCGAGAGCAAAGGCGGACCUCUCAUCUACUAGAAGAACCAGAAAUCGUCGGUUUCCAAGACAACAUAGAAACCUUGGUGGCGCGGUUGAUCAAGGGCGAGCGACGUCGAUGCGUGAUUUCUGUAGUUGGAAUGGGUGGUCUUGGGAAGACUACUCUUGCCAUGAAAGUUUAUAAUAAUGAAGCUGUUAGGAAGCAUUUCAAUUGUUGUGCAUGGAUUUAUGUAUCGCAAGAAUACAAUGCGAGGGAUCUUUUGCUAAGCAUUGUAAGAUGCUUUAAAAGUCCCACUAAGAAAGAGCUUGAGAUGGGAGUUUUUCAGCUGAGGGAGAGGCUUUCUGAGCAUUUGAAGAAGAUGAUAUAUUUUGUGGUGGUAGAUGAUAUAUGGAAGACUGAUGCAUGGGAUGUGUUAGCACCUGCUUUUCCGGACAUGAAUAAUGGAAGCCGGGUCCUACUUACCACUCGUAACAGAGACAUAGCUUCUUAUGCAGAUGCCCGAAGCCAUCUUCAUGAGAUGCAACUUUUAGGAAAGGAUGACAGCUGGGAAUUGUUUUGCAAGAAAACAUUCUUAGGACAACAUAACAAUUGCCCUCAAGAUUUAGAUCGAUUGGGAAGGGAGAUUGUGGCAAAAUGUCAUGGUCUGCCUCUUGCAAUCGUUAUCAUAGGGGGGCUGCUAUCAAGGAAAGCAAGGCUUCGAAGCGUGUGGGAAAAAGUACUCAAGAGCAUUAGUUGGCAAUUUGUUGAAGGCGAGGCGCAAAUCUCAAGAAUAUUAGCUUUAAGCUACGAAGAUCUACCAUAUUACUUGAAGCCAUGCUUUCUUUAUGUUGGAGUUUUCCCAGAAGACUACGAAAUCUCCGCCAGGAAGCUAAUUCAACUGUGGGUUGCAGAAGGAUUUGUACCGUCUAGAGGGGCCGAAACAUUAGAGGAAGUCGCAGAAGAUUGCCUUGAUGAGCUAAUCCAAAGAAGUCUGAUUCAGAUGGUGAAAAGAAGUUCAGUUGGAAGAGUUAAAAGCUGCCGCAUCCAUGAUCUACUGCGAGAACUCUCAAUAUCAAAAGCCAAGGGAGAAAAAUUUCUCUAUGGGGAUGUAGAUUCUCUCUCUCCAUGCAAAGCACGGCGACUUUCCGUCCAUCGUGGCAUCCGUAAGCAUACUUCAAUAAACCGGUGUCUUCGUUCCUUCUUGUGCUUCUCCAUAGAAUAUGCAAUGCUUGGAAAGCAGCAGCAGCAGGAGUUUCUUUACAGACACUUCGAAUUGCUUAGGGUGUUACAUCUACAGCAAGUAGAGGUAGAAGAAUUUCCAACUGAAAUAAUUACACUUACCCACCUAAGAUACCUUCACCUCAAAGGAAGCAAUCAAAUGACAAGACUCCCGUCGUCGAUAGCCAAUCUUUGCAAUUUACAAACACUAGAGGUAUCCGUUCCCACCAAGCUUAAGAGGCACCCAUCAGUGACAUCCAACCUUUGCAAUUUACAAUCACUAGAGGUAGAAUCUAAUCUAAUCUACAUACCUACUCAUAAUAGCUGGAAGAAGCCACAAUGGGUAGGAUCUAAUCUGAUCGACAUACCUAUAGAUAUCUGGAAGAUGCAACAACUAAGGCAUGUAUGUGUAAGGGGUAGAAUAAUAGGUGAAGGGUCUAAAGGAGGACUCAGUUGUUCAAGUAACUUACAAACUCUAGCAACUAUUGAGGCCGGCGAUUGGAUAGAUGAUUCCUUGAGAAAGCUGGUUAAUCUUAGGAAACUAGGAAUAUCAGGAUUAGAUUUAUUUAGUCAUGCAAAGGGAUUGUCUGAGUCACUUACCCAAUUGGACCACCUCCAGUCUUUGAAAUUGGAAUUGGUCAGUAGAAGCACAAUGCCAGAGUCAUCAUUGCCUUCUUUACAUCAGCUGCAUCUGUAUAAGCUGCAUCUAAAUGGAAGUUUGAAGAAGCUGCCCAAGUCUCAUGAAUUCUCACCGAACCUCACCAAGCUUACCUUGGAAAAAACCCGGUUACAACAAGACCCAAUGUCAACACUGGAGAAACUAACCAGCCUCCGGAUUCUCAGAUUGCUAGCAAAUUCAUAUGAGGGAAAAGAAAUGGUCUGUUCUGCGCAAGGGUUUCCUCGACUCGAACACUUAAAUGUUGAUUGCUUACGUGAUUUAGAAGAGUGGAGAGUAGAGGAAGGAGCAAUGCCAAGGCUUUUACAUUUGCUUAUUGAUCAAUGCGAACAAUUGAAGAAGCUUCCAGAAGGAUUGCAGCACGUGACUGCCCUCAGGGAAUUGACACUGCUGAGAAUGGAUUAUGAAUUCAUAAGCAGGCUUCGAGAAGAAGAUGGAGAGGACUGGCAUAAGAUUCGACAUAUUCCCUCCAUCGAGAUACAAAGAUAUUAAGUUGGGGAUUAGUUGUUGUUGUUGAGACAGUGCAGCCAGAUUCAGGAUCUCACCAAAGCAAAGCAGGCACAUGCCUUCAUAAGAGAGACGAUGAUCGUGGAGCUGCAAUUAUUCAAGGAAAAGGGUUUUCAUUCAGUUGUCGCGGAGUUAGACUCUAAGAUGAUGGUGGAUAUUUGGAACGGUAAAUGUAGCAUUCCUUGGGUUUUAUGGUAUUUAUGUGUUCAUAUAGAGGAACUCCUCAUUAUAACCGAUUAAGAGUUUUAUCUCUA